AUGGCCGAGAAACCUAUGCUAACGCCUGUUGUUACGGGCCAGGAAACUGCUGGAAUGGUCUCUGUGACUGCUCCCAUGGACCUCCAGGAAGGAUACCAGCUCCAAGUCUCGGUGAACGGGCAGCAGAAGAAUGUGACGGUGCCUGCUGGUGGUGUCAAGGAAGGACAAUCCUUCCAGGCUCGGCCCGUGGCUGGAGCGAGCACUGGAGGUGUUGCUGCAGGAGGCGUUGUGCACAAUAUUCCUCAGGGCAAAUGGCGAGACAACAUUUGCGACUGUUUCAAGUUUGGUUGCUGCCAUGCCAUGUGCUGCCUUGGAUUCUGCUGCGAACCCAUCUUGGGUGGUCAGGUGAUGACCCGCAUGAGUCGUGACUUUAUGGGAGGUCCCGGCGCUCGCCCAUCUGCCAGCAAGACAUGCCAGAUUGUGACUGGAAUUUUCAUUGUGGUUGCCAUUGUUCAAGGUGCCCUUCGCGCUGUCCAGGGUGCCACAAAUUGUCCCUAUGGUAAUCAAAGGUACAAUGAUGCUGGUGAGCUUUACAUUCAAUGCCCUGAUGGGACCACGGAAACGCCAACAUCUACCUUUCAGAUUGUUGGACUGGUCCAUGCCAUUGUUGGAUUCCUUUUUGCAGUCUACUUCUUCUUUGCUAUCUGCCGUACGCGUGCUGCCAUUCGAAGAAAGUACGAAAUUAAGCCGGAAUGCUGUGGGGAGGCCGAGGAUUGUUGCUGUACAUUUUGGUGCUCUUGCUGUACUGUCCAACAAAUGGCCCGUCAUACGAAUGACUAUUCUACCUAUGAUGUCGGCUGCUGCUCUGGUGAUUGUUGCAACAACCGUGGACAGCAGCCACAAGUUCCUGAGAUUGAACCCUGA